CUGGAGUUGAAUUGAAACCAGAAUUGGAGCGAUUGUGAUGUUUAUUGGCAAAAUUUAUACCCCUACAACAGAGCAUCCUCAGAAGGUUAUUACCUGACCGCCUCUUAAGAUCAGAGCACUAGAAGAAUCUGACGUUGGAAAACCUGAAACAAGUCUAAUGAAGCGAGCGGCUGCAAAGCAUCUAAUAGAGCGCUACUACCACCAGUUAACCGAGGGCUGUGGAAACGAUGCCUGCACGAAUGAGGCUUGCGGCUCCUCUCCGGGCUUCCAGCGCAUGGAUAACAAUGCUGCAGCCAUCAAAGCCCUGGAGCUGUACAAGAAUAAUGCCAAAUUGUGUGACCCUCACCCCUCUAAGAAAGGAGCCAGUUCGGCAUUCCCGGAGAACAGUGCCAAAGGAGCUCAUAACUUCUCUACCUGCAGCAACGGAAAGAUGAACCACAAGGAGCUGCAUCCCUCGAGGGAAGACUUUCGAGAUUUGAAUUACCUUACGGAAGAGAAGGUGUAUGAGAUCCUGGCAUUGUGUGGAGAGACAGAGGAUUAUUCUCCUCUUAUCCGCGUCAUUGGCAGAGUGUUCUCCAGUGCAGAGAGCCUAGUCCAGAGCUUCCGCAAAGCCAAGCAGCACACUAAGGAGGAGCUCAAGUCCCUCCAGGCCAAGGAUGAGGACAAGGAUGAAGAUGAAAAAGAGACUGCAUCUGGGGCAUCCUCUUCAGCUUCGGCGAUGGAAGUAGACCCAGAGACAUCUGCAUCCAGUGGGGAAGGAGCGUCCCAUGAUGGCAACAACGUUCAGAAGCUGGGUCCAGUGGAUGUGUCGGUGGACAUCGAAGCUGUGAGAAGGGUGUAUGACAGACUGUUGUCCAACGAGAAGAUCGAAGCAGCGUUCCUUAAUGCACUGGUGUACCUGUCACCCAACGUAGAGUGUGACCUAACCUACCACAACGUCUACGCUGCUGAUCCCAACUACCUGAACGUUUUCAUCAUCGUCAUGGAGAACAGCAACCUCCAUAGUCCCGAAUACCUGGACAUCGCGCUGCCACAGUUCUGCAAGGCCAUGAGCAAGCUACCUCUCCCUGCUCAGGCCAAACUGGCCCGACUAUGGUCCCAGUACAGCGCCGACCAGAUCCGUCGUCUGAUUGAGACCUUCCAGCAGCUCGUCACCUACACGGUCAUUAGCAACGAGUUUAACAGCGAAAACCUGGUCAAUGAGGAUGACGGCGUGGUGGCGGCCACCAAGUGCUUGAAAAUUGUCUACUAUGCAAACGUGCUGGGUGGAGAGUUGGACACGGAACACAACGAGGAAGAGGACGACGAGCCCAUCCCGGAGUCCAGCGAGCUAACGCUACAGGAGCUUCUGGGCGAGGAAAGGCGCAAUAAGAAAGGCCCGAGGGUCGACCCAUUGGAGACUGAACUGGGCAUCCGGGCCUCUGACUGCCGCCGACCUGUCAUCCCCUUCGAGGAGUUCAUCAACGAGCCGCUGAACGAGGUCCUGGAGAUGGACAAGGACUACACCUUUUUCAAGGUGGAGACAGAGAGCAAGUUCUCCUUCAUGACUUGUCCAUUCAUCCUCAACCCUGUGACGAAAAACCUGGGCCUGUAUUACGAUAACCGAAUCCGCAUGUAUAGCGAACGUAGAAUCACAGCCCUCUAUAGCCUGGUACAAGGGCAGCAGCUAAACCCUUACUUACGACUCAAAGUGCGCAGAGAUCACAUCAUCGACGACGCGUUAGUCAGGCUAGAGAUGAUUGCCAUGGAGAACCCUGCAGACUUGAAGAAACAGCUCUAUGUGGAGUUUGAGGGAGAGCAGGGAGUUGAUGAAGGAGGGGUUUCCAAAGAAUUCUUUCAACUGGUUGUGGAGGAAAUCUUCAACCCUGAUAUAGGCAUGUUCACAUAUGACGAAAGCACAAAGUUGUUCUGGUUUAACCCGUCCUCGUUCGAGAACGAGGGACAGUUCACGUUGAUUGGCAUCGUCCUGGGCCUGGCCAUCUACAACAACUGCAUUCUGGACGUCCAUUUCCCCAUGGUGGUCUAUAGGAAACUCAUGGGCAAGAAAGGAACUUUCCUGGAUCUUGCAGACUCUCAUCCGGUUCUUCACCAGAGUCUCAAGGAACUGCUGGAGUACGAGGGCAACGUGGAAGAGGAUAUGAUGAUAACCUUCCAGAUUUCACAGACCGACCUGUUUGGAAAUCCACUCAUGUACGACUUAAAGGAAAACGGAGAUAAAAUCCCAGUCACCAAUGAAAACAGAAAGGAGUUUGUGGCCCUGUAUGCGGACUACAUGCUGAACAAGAGUGUGGAAAAGCAGUUUAAAGCCUUCAGAAGAGGUUUCCAUAUGGUCACCAACGAGUCUCCACUCAAGUACCUCUUUAGGCCAGAGGAAAUAGAACUGCUUAUCUGCGGCAGCAGGAAUCUUGACUUCCAAGCGCUUGAAGAGACAACAGAAUACGAUGGCGGUUACAACAAGGAUUGUCGUAUUAUUAAGGAUUUCUGGGAGACGGUGCACUCCUUCAGUCAGGAACAGAAAAGGCUGUUCCUGCAGUUUACCACCGGAACUGACCGAGCGCCCGUCGGAGGAUUGGGAAAACUCAAGAUGAUCAUCGCCAAAAACGGGCCUGAUUCUGACAGGUUACCCACCUCUCACACCUGCUUUAACGUGUUGCUGCUCCCAGAGUACUCCAGCAAGGAGAAGCUGAGAGAGAGACUCCUGAAAGCCAUCACUUACGCCAAAGGCUUCGGUAUGCUCUGAGCCUGAUGACCUGCCAUGAACUCACUCAUUUCAGAGGUUCCUGCAUCCAGGGGCAGAGAUGAAAUUCAGCUAAACCCACAAAAACAAACAAACAAACAAACAAACAAACAAAAAAGUAAAUAUCAAGUUUAAAUGUAAGGCAAGACGGAAUGGGCUCCAAUGAAAAGAGAUUUGUGGUGACCGCGUGCCUGUGCCUAUAUAGUAGAUAAAAAAAAAAAAAGAACCCACACUGGACUUAUGGCUCUCCCUCUUCUGUAAGUGUUACGUUUCCCUGUUUUUGUAUGCACUGAAAUAUAGCACUAUUUAUUUUAAGGGAUAAAAGCUGUUCUUUCAUGUCUGCCUGGAAUUCAACUCGCUUUUUUUUGUUUUGUUUUGGUUUUUUUUGUUUCUAAUUUGGUGAAGGAGGGACAGAGGGACAGAGUUUUUUUUCCAACACCUUCAGGACAAAAAAAAAAAAUCACCAUGUUGAACCCAAUAAAGAUGAAAGGGAGAUGGAAAAGGAUGCUUGUUUGUUGUACUAUGGUCAAACUGUGAAAGUGCACUUAAAACUAAAUAUCCAGAAUGUUCUGUUUCGUCACGUUUGACAUUUUUGUGCUCAUGGUUCUAUAGGUCUUCCUAGUGUCAGUCACUUGCUUUGCCAGUGUAUGCUUUCUAAAGGCACAGAGCUGCUCCAGUCCAGGCUGGGUUACCAGGAGUUUAGUGAAGGAACUGCUAUUGUUUGUCGUGCCACUUUGGCGAAUUGUGCUGCUUCUUUUGGCCAGUGUUCUUUGUCUCCCUCGAUUACGGUCCAGAUGAGCUCCCUAAGAGCGUUGGUUAGUCCUUCCCCAAAUCGAUCUGAUCUCAUGGCACGGUCCUGAUGAGUGCAUCCACCUCUUAACCUCAAGUGUUUACCAGAUUCAGAGAGAUUUCGGUCUUUUUUUCCCAGUCCCGUUUUUAAUUUGAGAUGGCAGACUUUUUUUUUUUUAAAAAAAAAAACAAAACACAUUAGAAGCCAAAUGAGAGAUGCUCCACAUUAUUCUGUACUCCACUGAAUCAAACCGUAUUAAUGUUUCAGUAGUUUGUUUCCAGCUACGCAGCGUUGUGGCCCAUUUAACUGUGUUGUACAAUUUAAUCAGGAGGGGAACAGGCACAAAUCAAACCACUAUGUUGUGCCAAACUUGCUCACCACAAUCCCUCAGGUUUGGCCAAGACCUGUCUGAAACCUUCAAUAUCAGUGUCCUAAGAUUCCCUUUUUUUCUUUUUCUUUUUUUGGCUCAUAUGUUUGUUUUGGUUGUUGUUGUUUUUUUUUUCCUUUUUGACAUUUAAUGUGACUGUGGUUUAUUCCACCGCUGAUGGCGCAAACACAAAAAGGGGGAAACAGAAGCUGCCGCGGAGAAUGAAAGCAUUUGAUUGUUUGUUUCAAGUUAUUCUUAAAUAAAUUAAAAACUGAAAAAA